ACCCGACUGUACAGUGGACCUCAAACAGAACACUUCGAUCCCGACUCGCCGCGCUAGGACUGUCUCGACCCACCGCCGCCGCCAGCCCGCCCAGCGCCGCCGCGGGCAGUUCCUCCAUGGGAAGCACCGGCUAGCCGCCUCCCGUUCCCCCGCCAGCUGCUCCGCCUGCGCCUGCCCCUGCUCUGCUCCGCCGCCCGCUCCUCCCUACCCCCAGCCGGUGCCGCCUGCUCCUCCCUACCUCCCGACGCCGCAUUCGACCGUCCCCCACGCCCCGACGCCCCCAGUCCCCGGCGCCGGCAGGCAGACGCGGUCGCCAACGCCAACCGGUUGCAGUUUUAACAUGGAUCCCAACAUGAAGCAGCUUCAAGGGACUCUGAUUGACAUAGAAACAGACGCAGAGCAACUUCUUCUGGCAAGGCAUCAGCUGGUGGAGAACGAUAGAAUGAGGAAUGCUAACAGGGAGGCCCUAACUGCCCUCCGGAAAAGAGCCAAGACAACUAAAACCAGUGUCCCAUCUCCAUUUGAGAUCGUAAUGAAAGAGAUGGAAGGAACUUCUGCCAAACAGCUAGUAAAGGAGAUAUGCUCAACUUGCGGGAAUCACGACCCCAAAGAACAUACCUGGCUAAUGUUUCCAGGCUCAGAUAUUUUUGCUCGUGUUCCAUUUCAUGUAGCGCACACUGUUCUGGACAAAGAUCAAGAGCAUCUGGACUACGACACCAAGAAGCUGCAAAGCUUUGUCAAGGAGAAAUCGUUUGCGAUCUCCGAGAAAGGCGCCCUUGCGGACAAAAUCAGCCCGGGCAUCGUGAGAUCCCUCGUCAGCCUUGCAGAUAAACCUAAGUAGUAGGUACACGCCGCAAGGGGCAAAUGAAUCAUGUCUGUCGGUCCCAGUCCUCAACAGCUCGAACAUCUCCUAAGAUGAAGCUUCUGCCGGGUUCACCAAUUGUGUUUACUAACAGCCCUGAUGUUUUACCCGCAUCUCGGUUUGGUUUCGCCGCGCUGUGAGAUUAGGCCGUUGCUACGAACGAGAGAAUUGUAGUCGGCCGACAUUUAACCCUUGUUACCUAUCAUCACUAGGUGUGGUGUGUUGGCAAACCUGAGUCCUGAGCCUGAACCUGUUCCUGUACCCUGUUAUCUUCAUUCAAAUGAAGUCAUAACAGUAUCAUGCCGGGAAAGUUUUAUCUAUUUAUCCGUG